AUGUCCCUUGAAGUCUAUCAUCUUUCUCAACACCAAGAAUUGGGCACUCCUCCAUUCAUUCGCAUAUCCAUCCUCUCACUCGAAGGAGACCGGCAGAUCGCUGUUCAACGAGUUCUGAGGAGUUUGUCGGGUGCGAGCUGGAAGAAGCCACCUGACCGAAAACGAAAUUUCUGGACUGAGGUGGUGAAAGAGGACCUGAGGACACUCGGCGUGGAUAGGCAGUUCAGGCGAGACGUAAGGUUUCGCAGAAUAUGGAAUAGCGACGAAUCGAUUGAUUCUGUGCAAGCUUUCGUAGAAGAUAGAGAAGGUUGGGCAGGACUUUUCUCAAGGACGGCACACCUCGGCAAAGAUGCUGGAUGUAUUUGCGUGGUCAAUGGAUGUCUCGCUAUGGAAGUUUUUGAGUCGAAGAUCGAUGAGCUUGUGGGACUCCGUGAUGGUUUCUUCGAGAAGUAUCCUGAUGGAACCGAAGCAGAGAGAGUGAAAACAGUGAGGGAGAAGGCCUUACUUAUGCUUGAGGAUGUUCCUCUGUCGGAAUUUUCCCGCUCAGCCGAACGCUAUCUACAGUGCGGUCGCAUCCUCAAUGCUUGCGUUGCAUAUGAUCCACGUUGCGAAGAGUUCCUUAGUAAAGCAGUAAAGCUAGAUCCAGAUGCUUUGGCCUGGCUAGAACUUGGAAUAUGUCUAUCUAAAAAACCUGACAUUCAGUUUGCCAUUGAAUGUGUCGAGUGCAGCCUGGAGCUUGAACGGUCAUCACGUGCUCUAUACACACUUUCUAUGCUUCUUCGAGCAAAAUUAAUGAAAGCGGUCGAUCCGACCGAGAGAAUUGAACUUAGGAAACGCUCAUCACAGCUGGCAUUUGAAGCCGUUGAAUUGGAUCCUAGUUCUGGUGCUGCCCAUUCCUGCUUAGGAAAUUCUCUUUUUCUUGAGUUCUUUAACACUGGUCAAGUUAACCAUGAAUUGCUGACACAAGCAUGCAACGAAUAUCGAUUGGCACUCCAAUGUGGGAAGGAAUAUCGUAACGCUGACUUGCAUCUUAAUGCAGGAGCAGCCUUUCGUUAUGAAGAAAACUACCCUGAAGCAUUAUCUCACUUACGAUUAGCUGUCAAUGUUGCGCAAAGCGUUCAAAAUGCAGGAGGUCUACGAGCGAAGCGAAUCGCUGAGUUCAAGUCGUCGCUUCCUUCUUCAUUGAGUUCUCUUAACCCUUUCACUGAUCGUCGUGCAGUGUCAUCGUUUGCGGAACUCAGCGUAGGACUCAACGAUGGCGUUGCUGUUGUGGUUCGAGUUGUAUCAACUAUAAGUCACGACGAAGGCGUCCCCAUGACGUCAAUCGUGAUGGACAGUGAAGGAGACUUUAUAGCUGUCUGCAUCUAUAAUUGUGCUCCGUCGAUGUCUUUCUUCAUAGGAGACACUCUUGCGGUUGCUGAUCCGCAUCUCAUAGAGGUAAAGGAUUUGGAGCUUGGUGACUCUUCGAAGGUAUCAUUCCGUUCUCUGCGAGUUCCGAAUCCUUCCAAGGUUUCACGGAACGGUUCUUUUCCAAAACCAGCACAUCGCGGAAGCCGGCUCCCUGGUUGGGUACUGGAUAUUGUGCAAACGUGUGGGAUGGAGGACGAGAAGAGAGCAGAACAGCAACGCGAUUCGCGGCGACGAGCGACUGCCAUUCGCGCCGUCGCUGUUGGAACUUUCGCCGUCGCGACAUGCAUGAUUUCUCUCCCGAUCGUGUUCACAAGACUACAGGAAGUUGAUAGCAACGUUCGCAGCGAGCUGGAGGAAUGUAUGCUGACUUCCCGUAACCUCCUUCGUCAAGCGAUAUCGCUCAAGCCUGACUCACAUCUCACGUCUGCCGCAAGCGCUGUUUUGCGACAGAAGAGGCAAGCAACUGGGUGUUGUACCUGUAACCGUGGACCGCCAGGGCCACCUGGUACUCCCGGAGUGAACGGGGUUGAUGGAAUCGAUGGACAGCCGGGCGAAAUUGGCGCACCAGGACAAUCGGCCGUUGAACCAGCCAACUAUCGGCAAUCGUCAGUUGCGCAGUGCCCCUGCGAAUCACCCGGAGGACCUUCCGGACCACCUGGGCCUCGUGGACCACCAGGACUGUCCGGAGAUCCAGGAAGAGCUGGAUCACCUGGAAGUGGUGGACCACCUGGAGAUCCAGGCCAGCCAGGACGACCAGGCUCACCGGGAGAACGCGGGCAAGCAGGAGGAAGGGGUACGGACGGAGUUAUCCGACCUGGCGGAGGAGGAUCACCAGGACCAUCUGGAGCGCCUGGAGAUAGAGGAGUGGACGGAGAAAGGGGAAUUCCUGGGGAACCUGGACAACCUGGGGCGCCGGGAUCAGCCGGAGAACCAGGCCCAGCGGGACGACCUGGAGCUCCCGGACUUGCAGGAAGAGACGGCAGUCCAGGAGAGCCUGGCAGUGAAGGCCCUCGUGGAUCAUGUGACCACUGUCCUCCGCCAAGAACUGCUCCUGGAUACUUCCUAUAA